CUUGGGACUAGACUCACUAUAUUAGAACAGGGAGAAAAAAGUAUUUUUACAAAUGAUAUUUCGCGAUCUCCAGUAAAUCCUAAUGAUAUUCUGGCAUCUAAUAUACCUGAUAAUACUUCAAAUUCUAGUAUUACUUCUGAACGAAUAGAAAAUAGCUCCGAUAUAACACCUGUUGAU